CAUGGAUCAAGACACCCUGGGGAACAUUGUCCUGCUAGCCAUCGUCACCCUCAUCAGCGUGGUCCAGAACGGAUUCUUUGCGCACAAAGUGGAGCAUGAGAGCAAGACCCAGAAUGGGCGGAGCUUCCAGAGGACGGGAACCCUGGCAUUUGAGAGGGUCUACACUGCCAACCAAAACUGCGUGGAUGCAUACCCCACAUUCCUCGCUGUGCUCUGGUGUGCUGGGCUACUGUGCAGCCAAGUUCCUGCUGCCUUUGCCGGGAUGAUGUACCUGUUUGUGAGACAAAAGUACUUCGUGGGCUAUCUGGGUGAGAGGACACAGAGCACACCUGGCUACAUAUUUGGGAAACGCAUCAUCCUGUUCCUGUUCCUCAUGUCCCUUGCUGGUAUAUUCAACUAUUACCUCAUCCUCUUUUUCGGAAGUGACUUUGAAAACUACAUCAAAACUGUUACCACCACCAUCUCUCCUCUGCUUCUCAUCCCCUGACGCCUGGCGGAACACAGAGUUGGU